UUUGCAUUCUUCUUUCUUUUUCAGGUCAUUCUUAUGCAAUAGGCUAAAAGUAAUUUAAAUGUGCAGGAUGAAAAAAUGGCACAGGCACUGCUGGUACCACCAGGACCUGACAGCUUCCGCUAUUUUACUAGAGAAUCUCUUGCAGCUAUUGAAAAACGCUGUGCAGAGGAAAAAGCUAAAAAGCCCAAACAAGAUCAUUCAGAUGCUGAUGACGAAAAUGGACCAAAACCAAAUAGUGACUUGGAAGCAGGGAAAACACUUCCAUUUAUAUAUGGAGACAUUCCUCCAGGAAUGGUGUCCGAACCUUUGGAGGACCUUGACCCUUAUUAUAGCAAUAAAAAAACCUUCAUAGUAUUGAAUAGAGGGAAGGCAAUUUUCCGAUUCAGUGCCACAUCUGCCUUGUACAUUUUAACCCCUUUCAAUCCUCUCAGAAAAAUUGCUAUUAAAAUUCUGGUACAUUCAUUAUUCAGCAUGCUAAUUAUGUGCACUAUUUUGACCAACUGUGUAUUUAUGACUAUGAGCAACCCUCCAGAAUGGACCAAGAAUGUAGAGUACACAUUCACUGGAAUUUAUACCUUUGAAUCACUUAUAAAAAUUCUCGCAAGGGGCUUUUGUCUAGAAGGUUUCACUUUUCUUCGAGAUCCAUGGAAUUGGCUCGACUUCAGCGUAAUUUUGAUGGCAUAUUUGACAGAGUUUGUGGACCUGGGCAAUGUCUCAGCGUUGAGAACAUUCAGAGUUCUCCGGGCAUUGAAAACAAUAUCAGUCAUACCAGGCCUGAAGACCAUUGUGGGGGCCCUAAUUCAGUCCGUGAAGAAGCUCUCGGAUGUGAUGAUCCUGACCGUGUUUUGUCUGAGUGUAUUUGCUUUAAUAGGGCUGCAGCUUUUCAUGGGGAACUUGAGGCAUAAAUGCCUGAUUUGGCCACCGGAAAAUUUUACUUUUGAAAUCAACUUCAAUAAUAGCACAGUGGGAGAAAACGGUACAUUUGUUAACACUACAGAGAGCACCUUUGACUGGGAGGAGUACAUUGAGGAAGAAAGUCAUUUUUAUGUUUUGGAAGGACAAAGAGAUGCCCUGCUUUGUGGCAACAGCUCUGAUGCUGGCCAAUGUCCAGAAGGAUAUAUGUGUGUAAAAGCUGGUCGAAACCCCAACUAUGGCUACACAAGUUUUGAUACCUUCAGCUGGGCCUUCUUGUCGCUCUUUCGGCUGAUGACUCAGGACUACUGGGAAAACCUUUACCAACUGACCUUAAGAGCUGCUGGCAAAACAUACAUGAUCUUUUUUGUCCUGGUGAUUUUCCUCGGCUCUUUCUACCUGAUCAACCUGAUCCUGGCUGUUGUUGCCAUGGCCUACGAAGAGCAGAACCAAGCUACCAUGGAAGAAGCCGAGCAGAAGGAGGCCGAGUUCCAGCAGAUGCUGGAGCAGCUGAAAAAGCAACAGGAAGAAGCCCAGACAACAGCAGCUGUGGCAGCAGCAUCAAUGGCAUCAAGAGAUUUCAGUGGCGUGGGUGGAUUGGGGGAGCUCUUGGAAAGUUCUUCAGAGGCAUCUAAAUUAAGCUCCAAGAGUGCUAAAGAAAGAAGGAACAGGCGCAGGAAAAAAAGGCAGAAGGAACUUUCGGAAGAAGAAGAUAGGGCAGAAGCCGAACAGUUUCCUAAAUCUGAAUCGGAAGACAGUAUCCGAAGGGGAGUGGUUCCGAAUACAAACUGUGUUCUUGGUUCCCCUCUUCCCCUCCCCCAAUCCCUCUUACAGUCUUUGUUGAGCCUUCGCGGCUCCUUGUUUUCUCCGAGGCGCAACAGCAGAACAAGCAUUUUCAGCUUCAGAGGCCGAGCAAAGGACAUAGGAUCGGAAAACGACUUUGCCGAUGAUGAGCACAGCACCCUUGAGGACAACGAGAGCAGAAGGGACUCUCUCUUCGUCCCAAACAGACACAACAGCGAACGCCGCAACAGCAAUACCAGCCAGACGAGCCUGUCAUCAAAGAUGGUGCCAACGAUUCCGGCGAACGGGAAGAUGCACAGCACCGUGGAUUGCAAUGGCGUUGUUUCCUUGGUGGGAGGACCUCCUGGGCUCAUUUCACCUACUGGGCAGCUUCUGCUAGAGGUGAGAAGCUUCCUAUUCCACUCUGGUACCACCACCGAAACAGAAAUAAGAAAAAGAAGAUUGAGCUCUUACCAGAUUUCAAUGGAGUUGAUGGAAGAAUCUGCAGCAAGACAAAGAGCCAUGAGUAUAGCCAGUAUACUCACAAACACCAUGGAAGAACUUGAAGAAUCCAGACAGAAGUGUCCGCCAUGCUGGUAUAGAUUUGCAAACACAUUCUUGAUCUGGGAUUGCUGGCCUCCUUGGCUAAAAGUGAAGCACAUCAUGAAUUUGAUAGUGAUGGAUCCAUUUGUUGACCUUGCUAUCACCAUCUGCAUUGUUUUGAAUACGCUGUUCAUGGCUAUGGAGCAUUAUCCCAUGACUCCCUAUUUCAACCAUGUCCUUUAUGUUGGAAACCUGGUCUUCACUGGCAUCUUCACAGCAGAAAUGGUCCUCAAGAUAAUAGCCAUGGAUCCUUAUUACUAUUUCCAAGAAGGCUGGAACAUUUUUGAUGGCAUCAUUGUCAGCCUGAGUUUGAUGGAGCUGGGUCUUGCAAACGUGGAAGGGUUGUCAGUCCUGAGAUCCUUCAGACUGCUCCGGGUAUUCAAAUUGGCAAAAUCCUGGCCGACGCUAAAUAUGCUGAUCAAAAUUAUCGGCAACUCUGUGGGAGCUUUGGGAAACCUGACUUUGGUUCUGGCCAUCAUUGUCUUCAUUUUUGCCGUGGUGGGCAUGCAGCUGUUUGGCAAAAGCUACAAGGAAUGUGUGUGCAAGAUUGCAGAAGACUGUGAGCUUCCGCGCUGGCACAUGAAUGACUUUUUCCACUCUUUCUUGAUCGUGUUCCGAGUCCUUUGUGGAGAAUGGAUAGAAACCAUGUGGGACUGUAUGGAAGUUGCAGGUCAAACCAUGUGCCUCAUUGUGUUCAUGCUGGUCAUGGUGAUUGGAAACCUCGUGGUACUGAACCUCUUUCUGGCCUUGCUUCUGAGCUCCUUUAGUUCAGAUAACCUCGCUGCUACUGAUGACGAUAACGAAAUCAACAAUCUUCAGAUUGCCGUGGCAAGAAUUCAGAAGGGAGUAGAUUAUGUAAAGAAAAAAUUACGAGAGGUUGUCGAAAAAGGCGUUGUUAGGAGGCAGAAAGCUAUGGAGGAUAUCAAAGCGCUCGAAGAACUAAGCAACAAGAAAGACAUGUACAUUUCCAACCAUAUGAUGGUUGAAAUAACUAGAGAUGUUAACUACCUGAGAGAUGGGAAUGGAACCACAAGUGGUGUGGGCACGGGCAGCAGUGUGGAAAAAUACAUUAUUGAUGAAAAUGAUUAUAUGUCGUUCAUAAAUAAUCCAGGCCUUACCGUGACUGUACCAAUGGCAGUUGGAGAGUCGGAUUUUGAAAAUAUAAAUACAGAGGAAUUUAGCAGCGAAUCUGAAAUUGAAGAAGGCAAAGAGAAGUUAAAUGCAACCAGCUCAUCAGAAGGCAGCACAGUUGAUAUUGCCCCGCCUGGAGAGGGCGAACAGGCAGAGAUUGAACCUGAAGAGGCUCUUGAACCUGAAGCCUGUUUUACAGAAGGCUGCAUCAAGAAGUUCCCAUGUUGCAAAGUGAGUAUAGAAGAUGGCCGAGGAAAAAUCUGGUGGAAUUUUAGGAAAACCUGCUACAGCAUAGUUGAACACAACUGGUUUGAGACGUUCAUUGUUUUUAUGAUUCUCCUCAGCAGUGGUGCUCUGGCCUUUGAAGACAUAUAUAUUGAACAGCGCAAGACUAUCAAGACCAUGCUGGAGUAUGCUGACAAGGUCUUCACAUACAUCUUCAUUCUGGAAAUGCUUCUGAAGUGGGUGGCCUAUGGCUUUCAGAUGUAUUUCACCAAUGCCUGGUGCUGGCUGGAUUUCCUCAUUGUUGAUGUUUCAUUGGUUAGUUUAGUAGCCAAUGCUCUGGGCUAUUCUGAACUGGGUGCCAUUAAAUCACUUCGAACACUAAGAGCUUUGAGGCCUUUAAGAGCCCUGUCACGAUUUGAAGGAAUGAGGGUGGUUGUCAAUGCUCUGAUUGGCGCGAUCCCUUCCAUCAUGAAUGUGCUCUUGGUUUGCCUCAUAUUCUGGCUGAUCUUCAGCAUCAUGGGCGUAAACCUGUUUGCUGGCAAGUUCUACCACUGUGUUAACACCACGACAGGCGAAAUGUUUAAUAUUAGCGAGGUUGACAAUAAAACUCAGUGUGAGGAGCUCAUCAACAACAAUCAGCCUGCCCGGUGGAAAAAUGUGAAAGUAAAUUUUGACAAUGUUGGAGCUGGUUACCUCGCUCUGCUUCAAGUUGCUACUUUUAAAGGAUGGAUGGAUAUUAUGUAUGCAGCUGUUGAUUCAAGAGAUGUAGAAGAUCAGCCGUAUUAUGAGGACAACCUCUACAUGUAUCUUUAUUUUGUUAUCUUCAUCAUCUUUGGGUCAUUUUUUACUUUAAACCUUUUCAUUGGUGUCAUCAUAGAUAACUUCAAUCAACAAAAAAAGAAGUUUGGAGGCCAGGACAUCUUUAUGACGGAAGAACAGAAGAAAUAUUAUAAUGCCAUGAAGAAAUUAGGGUCUAAAAAGCCACAAAAACCUAUACCUAGACCAGGGAACAAAUUCCAAGGCAUGGUCUUUGAUUUUGUAACGAAACAAGCCUUUGACAUCAGCAUCAUGAUUCUUAUCUGCCUUAACAUGGUCACCAUGAUGGUGGAAACAGAUGACCAAAGUAAAGAAAUGGAAACCAUUUUAUCUAGGAUUAAUCUAGUGUUCAUUGUGCUUUUCACUGGAGAAUGUGUACUCAAACUGAUUUCACUCCGUCAUUAUUACUUCACCAUCGGAUGGAACAUCUUUGAUUUCGUAGUUGUCAUUCUCUCCAUUGUAGGUAUGUUCCUAGCAGAAAUCAUUGAAAAAUACUUUGUGUCGCCCACCUUGUUCCGAGUGAUCCGACUUGCCAGAAUAGGUCGCAUCCUGCGUCUCAUCAAGGGUGCUAAAGGGAUCCGCACUCUGCUUUUUGCCUUGAUGAUGUCUCUCCCUGCCUUGUUCAACAUCGGCCUCCUCCUUUUCCUGGUCAUGUUCAUCUAUGCUAUAUUUGGAAUGUCCAACUUUGCCUACGUGAAGAGAGAAGUGGGCAUUGAUGACAUGUUCAACUUUGAAACUUUUGGCAACAGCAUGCUCUGCCUUUUCCAAAUCACCACCUCUGCUGGCUGGGAUGGGUUGCUAGCUCCCAUUCUCAACAGUGGGCCACCAGACUGUGACCCUGAGAUAGACCACCCAGGAAGUUCAGUCAAAGGAGACUGUGGCAAUCCCUCCGUUGGGAUCUUCUUCUUUGUUAGUUACAUUAUCAUAUCAUUUUUAGUUGUAGUGAACAUGUAUAUUGCUGUGAUUUUGGAGAACUUCAGUGUUGCUACAGAAGAAAGUGCUGAGCCUUUGAGCGAGGAUGACUUUGAGAUGUUCUAUGAGGUUUGGGAAAAGUUCGAUCCGGAUGCAACCCAGUUUAUAGAGUACUGCAAACUCUUUGAUUUUGCAGCUUCUCUGGAGCCACCUCUUCUCAUUGCAAAACCAAACCACAUUCAGCUUAUCGCGAUGGAUCUACCCAUGGUAAGCGGUGACCGAAUUCACUGCCUUGACAUCUUGUUUGCCUUUACAAAGCGUGUUUUGGGAGAAAGCGAAGAAAUGGAUUUGCUCAGAGUGCAAAUGGAAGAUCGGUUCAUGGCAGCCAACCCUUCGAAAGUGUCCUAUGAGCCAAUUACAACCACCCUGAAACGAAAGCAAGAGGAAGUGUCUGCUACGAUCAUCCAGCGGGCUUUCAGGCAUUUCCUCUUAAAACAAAAAGUGAAAAAAGUGACCUCUAUGUAUAAUAAAGACAAGUGCAAAGAUGGCAUUGCCCUUCCCAUCAAAGACAUGAUUCCUGAUAAAUUUAACAGGAACUCGAUUCUGGAGAAAACAGAGGAAAGCUCCUCCACUACAUCCCCGCCUUCCUACGAUAGUGUUACGAAGCCAGGCAAACAGAAAUAUGAAAAGGGCAAAACGGACAGAGACUACAAAAGUAAAGAUGCCAGGGCUAGCAAAAAGUGA